AUGCAUUUUUGUGGCUUUUUGCCGUUGAAGGGUGUAGCGGAGGAGAAAAACAACGUUGUAUGUUUGUGUUGCCCUCUUUGUUCUCCUCUCCUCCCACCCCCCCCCCCUCCCUUGGAUUUGAGUGUGCGAUGUGUUUAUCUCCGAGGCACGGUGUAUGAUGUGAGACAACCCUUUCUUUCUCUUUCGUUUGCUGUUUCCAAUGUUUACCACCCCCUAUUUUUGGACUUCCACCAUGUUGAGUACUGCGGUAAGGUUUAA